GGAUACUUCAAUAACACAAAAUUUAUCAUGGCUGGACACAAUGAUGCAUUGUGGGAAGAACAAAGACAAGUAUACAAUGGCAAUGAUUGCGGUCUGAAGGAAAUACCGAUUGAACUUUUUACAACUUACCGACACGCUAAACAAAUCUUACUAAAAAAUAAUGACAUUGAUAAGUUAAGUAACAGUGUUAACGUGUGGGAGAAUUUGGAAGAAUUGAAUUUAUAUAACAACAAGUUAACUCAACUACCAGACUCUAUUGAGUUGAAACACCCCAGCGGAGGAGAGAAGAAACCGAUGUGGGUUGAAGACCGACAGACCUGUAACGGCGAAGGAUGUGGCUUGAAAGAAAUACCUCAUGAAAUCUUCACAGAAUACCAAUAUGUAAAACGAAUCGAGGUGAAGAAUAAUGACAUCGAUACAUUAAGCGAAAAUAUUGGUGUUUGUACGAAUUUGGAAGUACUAGAUUUAUGUAACAAUAAGUUAACAAUGCUACCAGAUGCAGUUGGCGAGUUAACAAAGCUUCCAUUUGUUAGUACAUUUUAA